AUGAGAGUCUUUCGGUAUGCAGCUGCAGCCUGUUUGCUAUUCGCCCAGCAUGCAAGCCCAGUAGCUGCCGUUCCCACCGCCCAGGAACACAACGAAGAUCCGGGGAAGCUGGAUGAUGAUCGGCCAAAGGGUCCAGCUGUGGAUCCCGCAAAAUACUUUCAUGAGCCUGGCGGCGAUGAUGUCCUCGGCCACUACGACGUUCGCUACUUUGACGGUGUCGUGUCCGACGAGGAACGCAAGACGACCAUUCGCCAUAUGACGCGCGCCUACCUGACGUGGUUCCGCAAGCAAGGCCUGGAAACGUGGAUCGCGCACGGCACGCUGCUUGGCUGGUGGUGGAGCGGCCGCAUGCUGCCAUGGGACUGGGACGUCGACACACAGGUCGCCGACCGCACUCUGGCUUAUCUCAGGCUCAACCACAACCGCACCCGAGUCCACUACAAGGCUGCUGACGGGAGUGAUGUCGAACGGACGUACUUGCUGGACGUGAACCCGUACUCGGAGGAGCGCGUGAGAGGGAAUGGGAUGAACAUCAUCGAUGCGAGGUGGAUCGAUACAAGCAAUGGCUUGUAUAUCGACAUCACCGGCUUGAGCGAAACGGAACCGGAUGAGAACCCCGGUGUGUGGGCCUGCAAGAACAACCACAGGUACUACACUGGCGAUUUAUAUCCAAUGCGGGAGAGCACAUACGAGGGCGUGCCUGCGUUGAUACCCUACGCAUACGACAAGAUUCUUAUCCAGGAGUACCAAGAAAAGGCCUUGACGGCGACCGAGUAUGAAGGGCACCAUUUCAGCUCCGAACAGCGGCUAUGGCUCAAGGAACCCGAAGAUCCGGAAAAGCCGACAUCCUGA